GAGGCCGCGGCCGCGCGGAGCGAUGGCUCUCAGCCUGAAGAAACCCAACGCGCCCUCCACCAGCCAGAAGAAGAAGGCGGGUCCCAAGCCCGAGCUCACCGAAGAGCAGAAGCAGGAGGUUCGGGAGGCGUUUGACCUCUUCGACGCUGACGGCAGCGGGACCAUCGACGUGAGGGAGCUGAAGGUGGCCAUGCGAGCCCUGGGCUUUGAGCCCAAGAAGGAAGAGAUGAAGAAAAUGAUCUUGGAGGUGGACAAGGAAGGCACCGGGAAGAUCAGCUUCAACGACUUCUUGGCCGUGAUGACUCAGAAGAUGGCCGAGAAGGACACCAAGGAAGAGAUCCUGAAGGCUUUCCGGCUCUUCGACGACGAUGAAACCGGGAAGAUCUCUUUCAAAAACCUGAAGCGCGUGGCCACGGAGCUGGGGGAAAACCUCACGGACGAGGAGCUGCAGGAAAUGAUCGACGAGGCCGAUCGGGAUGGAGACGGCGAAGUGAACGAGGAGGAGUUCCUUCGGAUCAUGAAGAAGACCAGCCUUUAUUAAAGUCAUUUGAGAAGUGAAAGGGACCCUCGCUGGGUUCCCUCUUUCGUUUUGUGAAACCUUCACUUAGAGGACAGCGGCCGUCUCUC